UGUGUUUCAGAUGAAGUGGAAGGUCCUGUCCUGGCUAUAAACUCAAGCUGGUCCAGUCCUGACCCCUGUAGCUUUACAUGUAAAGGAAGUAACAUUUUUAUCAGCUCCAUCUAUAAUGGUAGCAGCUGUUCACAAGAGGAAGUGGUAUCAGCUGAUAAUCACACUCUAAGACUGAACUGCAGUGGUGACUCCAUCAUGUGUAACUACAGAAACCCAGUGAGCUCGAAGACUCAAGUAAAGAAGGUUAAUGAACUCUGCACUGUUAAGCAAGGAACACAUGAAAAAGCAUCAGCGUUUCCACCUGGGAUCAUUGUUUCUAUUUGUCUAUUCACAUUGACAUUGGCGGCAGUGAUCAGCUUUUGUAUUUACAAAGCGAAAAAAGGUGCCCAGAAGAAUGACCAAACAAUCUAUGCAAAAUUUGAUGAGAACAUCAAGCCACAAAAGUCGCUGGAGAUGUUGGAGAAAUCAGAGAAUCCUCAUACAGUGUAUACUACUGCAAGAGAUUUAGGACAAACUGAUGUUACCAACCACACCACACCCAACGACGACCCUAUGAAUCAGAGUGCAUUACACAAAGAGAGGAGCAAGCCAAAUGCACCAGUCACUAUCUACUGUACCAUUCAGCAGAAACCAAAAUCCCCCAAAACUGAAACUAAUCACACCAUUUAUGCUGUAGUCAAUAAACCGUCAGCCGGAUAUGAAUCUGCACAUCCACAAUCAGAAUAAAAGUGAACUUUCAAUAAAAACCCUAAACCCUUACAGUGAUUAAAAGUGAUAAAGGACUUCAUGUGUUCAGGAAGGCAGUGUUAUUCUCAGUGUAAAUAAGCAACAUAUUUACCAUGUGCAGUGUGCUCCUAUUGUAGUUGAUUUAGGGUGUGUUAAAGAUAUUUAAAUACGUAAAUUCUGUCUUUUUUUAAAGCAGCAGUGAAUGUAUUUUUAUUGUAAAAUUGUUGUACAUGUGACUCAGACAGGAAUGCAAAAUCUCAUGUGGAUUCAGUAGAUUUCUAUUGGCGAUACCUCGCCGCCUUUGCAGGCAACGCCUGAAAAUCACUUCCUGGAAAGUAUUUGUCAGUCUUUAGAUUUAUUGAAGGGUCAUCAGGGCUGGGGAAUAACGAAAUACAUGU